AAUUGAAACUACGCCAAUCCUUUUCUUCUUUAUUCCCGUCCGUCCUUACCUGCCUGCGUCGCCUUUAUUCUUUUCUCCUGAAUAUCCUUCUCGUCUCUCUAAUUUUGGUCAGAUCUUAAACCAACCAUGACGCUUGGCUUAGGAGGAUCGAGUGUCGUCGUCCCUCGGAACUUCAGAUUGCUGGAGGAACUUGAACGUGGAGAGAAAGGUAUUGGAGAUGGCACCGUCAGCUAUGGAAUGGAUGAUGGAGAUGAUAUUUAUAUGCGCUCCUGGACUGGCACAAUAAUUGGCCCCCACAAUGCUGUCCAUGAAGGUAGAAUUUAUCAAUUGAAGCUCUUUUGCGAUAAAGAUUACCCAGAGAAGCCACCGAGUGUUCGGUUUCAUUCACGGAUCAACUUGACUUGUGUCAACCAUGAAACUGGAGUGGUGGAAUCGAAGAAGUUUGGGCUUCUUGCAAAUUGGCAGCGAGAGUAUACCAUGGAGAAUAUUUUGACGCAGCUGAAGAAAGAGAUGGCAGCCCCGCAUAACAGGAAGCUUGUCCAACCUCCAGAGGGUACCUACUUCUAGCACAGAAGAUCUCAUAUAUAUAUAUAUAUAUAUAUAUGAUGGAUUAUAUAUUUAUAUUGCUUUGCAAUAUGCUAUAUGUAGUUUGUAAUCCUAUGUCGAUCUUUUGAAGUCCUGAACUUGUGGGGGAGUGCCUUAAAUGGCAUUUCCCCUUUACCUUCAUAGCUCCAUUUCUUCUAUCUUCUUUUAUAAAAUUGUGCUGAAAGGAUGCUAUUUGAUUAAUAAUAUUUAUAUGGGUGUUAAAAAUAUCAAAAAAU